AAAUUCUCAGGGAACAUAAAUAAAUAAAUUUAUGAAUGAAGUUUUGCAACAUGAAAGCUCCGUCAUUCAUAUUUGUGAAUUCCAAAGUUGUUCAAAAUAUUUUAAAAGAAGCUCCGACUUAAGAGUUCAUGAGAAAAUUCAUCAGAACAUCAAGAAUUAUUUAUGUGAUAUGUGCACUAAAAUGUUUACACACAAAACAAGUUUGAGGAAUCAUUUGAGGUCACAUUUGAAUGAACGAAACUAUCAAUGCGAAAUUUGCAGCAAAAGCUUUAUUACUAUAAGUAACUUACGGAAUCAUCAAGCAAUCCAUAGUAAUACUAGAAAAUAUUUAUGUGAAAUAUGCGAUAAAAGAUUCAGUCGAACAUCUCACUUGAAGGAACACAUCCAUUCUCAUACAAAGAUAAAACUUCAUGUUUGCGAAAUAUGCAAGAAUAAAUUUUCAAGUCUUUCAAAUUUAAGGAAGCAUAAAAAGCUUCAUGACAAAAUCAAAACUUUCCAAUGUCCAAUUGCUAUCUGUGAUAAGAAAUUUUCUCAGAAAAUUCAUAUGCAAAAACAUAUCAGGCGAGUACACCAAAAAUAGGAAUACGUAAUUGUUAUACGUUUAAAUAUUCAGUAC